UUUCUUUUGUGAAGAAUAUAUGUGGGAUUGAAAAAGUGUUUGACCUUCUUUCAGUGUUCUUCACUCUUCUUUGAAUCAAUCGUUGUGCCAAGCUAAAUGCAACCAGACGGCCUUCACGUUGAAGUCGUUGUGAAGCAACGGGUUGCUACAACAGGAAUAAAUAGAAACGUGUGGUAGGUCAGUUCACUGCAAGCCACUGCUUUUGAAAACUCUCGCUGAAGUCUUGUGCAUUCUAGAGCUUUGGAAGCUCAUUGACGUAUCCUGGCGUAAAAUAAAGGAAAGAAAAAGAAAUCCAUGGCAAGAGAAAAUCUCACCGACGAGACCUUCGUGGCUGUUCGCCGCGGGAUCGGCGAGCAGUUAAAUGACGGAGAUUUUUGUGACCUGACUGUGGUGGUUGGCCAAGUUGAAUUCUCCUGCCAUCGUGUGAUAUUAGCAUCCGUGUCCUCGUUUUUUAAAACCUCGCUAAAGCCAUGCUGGCGAGAAGCUUCCAACCGGAAAGUUGACAUCACCCACGAAGAUGUUUCUCCCGAAGCCUUUGGCUAUUUGAUUGAUAUCCUCUAUAGAGGCGAAGACGUAGUCAACGAGCAAACCGCUAAAGAUAUUCUCAAAUUGUCUAUCUAUUUGCAAAUCAAAUUUCUGGAAGACUAUUGUCUUGAUUUCCUUCAAGAAACACUUAAACCUCAUACUUGUUUAGAAAUGUGGCAGUUUGCCCUGAUGUAUAAUUUGGGCAAACUAACUGUCAUGUCUUUUAAAAUGGUUCUUCAGGAGAUUAACGUUGUCUCACAGCAAGAGGAGAUGUUAUCACUUCCCAAGUCUCUGUUUCUCAUUCUUUUGUCGGCACAGAAGAAGCUCAAGAUGGACGAUGUUUGUAAGACUAUUCUACGCUGGGUGGAGGCGGAUCAAGAUGCAAGGCUCAUUCACCUCUGGGAAUUUCUCCCUUUUGUGUGUUUUUUGCAGCUUAGCUCGGACUAUCUGUGUGAGAUUGUCACCUACUUAAACCAUCCUUUCGGAAAAAUUUUAUUUGAAAAAAUCAAUGAAGGUUUGACAUACAGCAUUAAAGGCACGCAAGGAAAAGAUUCAACUAUUAUGAGGAGGAUUGUGGCCAGGCAGCCUGUGCCUUUCACAUCUCCUGAAGUUGAGACCCGUGCCUUUAUAAUUGGAGGUUACACAGACGGCACCAAACCUACUCAAGACACUUACGCCUUAGAUGUAAAUGUCAGGGAUGUAAAGAGUGACAACCUUGCACCCCUUCAGGGGCCUAUUGGAGUCGACUUUGCCAGCUGCACACUCAACAAUGAGGUUUAUGUCUGCGGUGGUUCUGAACUUCCAAGAUUUUUUGCUGUCUAUAAGCCAGGCGACAACGAGUGGGAGGUGCUGCCCUCUGUACCAGAAAACGGUUGCGAGAAGCAUGCAAUGGCAGCCAACAACUGUUCCAAGAUAUAUGUUUUUGGCGGACUUACCAAGAACUCUGCUGGUGACAAGGUGAUUUCAUCUAAAGUCUUCAUCUACGACAUACAUGUAAAAGAAUGGAAGGUCUUUUGCAGUCUUCCUGUGGGUGUCAAGGAAACCACAGCUGCUGCUUUGGGUCACCGGAUUUACCUGUUUGGUGGAGUAGAUUGUAAGGGAGCAAACACAGAUGUUGUGCAGUGCGUGGACACGCUGAGUGGUUGUGCCUAUCAAGCUGGCAGACUGCCGUCACCCGCGUGCGGAGCACGAGCUAUAAGCAAUGGAGGACGUAUUUACGUGGUGAUACCCGAAGGAGAUAUUUUAACAAUGUUGGAAAAUUUCCUUUUAGCUGAACAAGUAGAGAAGGAAAUGUCUGAGGAAAAAGAAAACGGAAAAAGUAAUGCUGAACCUUUUAAUAGCAUCAGAUCAACAGUCAGCUUUCAGAAAAGGGCCACAAUGACAAGGAGACGCCAUUUUAGUGUUUGCCUGAAUGCAAAAGAGAUCAUUGUAUGUGGUGGAGAGAGCGAAGACGGAGAACUGUUAAGCAGCAUCCAGGGAAUUUCAGUUGCUGAUGGCUUAUUUCCAAGAUGGAAAUAUCCCGUUCUUAAAGAGAGAAGAGCGAAGUUUGAUCUUCACAUGCUAAAUAUUCCUACUGUCUACCUCAGAGAAGACCCGCCUAUCAGUGAUGAUUUAUCAGAAGAUGAAGAGGAAGUGAGCGAGCCUUCACCACCUUCACAUAACCCGGCAGUAAAUGCAUCAACAAGUGUACCUGUAGAAACGCUAUUAAGAGGUAUAGGUAUACCAGUUCCAAUUUGCAAGAAUGCCUACUUGGAAUAAGCAAUAGGGUCUAGAAGUUCUUUCAUUGCUGUCAUUACUGGGUUCUAGCCCUGCUAUCAUUGUUGUUACUAAGGUCUAAUACUGCUGUCAUUGCUGCUAGUAAGUUUUAGCACUUUUGUCAUUGCUUUUAUAGCCUCCAGUCCCUUUCUGCUGCAGUUGUGGGUGUUACAAUAGUAAGGCGCUACAAUUUGGCUGUGGUGUGUAGAAUGAUGUCUACUUCAGGACAUGUAUUCAUUGAGUUAGAUACACACUAAGUGCUUGAGAUACUUUGAUUUGUGGAUGCUUUCAUGUACAAGGACACCACCACUACAUUUGUAGUGAGCACAUGUCACUGACGUCAUUGUUAUCGGUUUCCAUAACUGACAGUGUUAUCUGUAUAAUGUGAUGUGUGCAUCAUAAUGAGCAUGUCUGCUGGCUUGGAUGUUGCACUGUAAAUUAAAACUUUAUAACUUUUAAUAUCAUUAUUUGUUCUUGGAAUGUCUAAUAUAUAUAUCUUUAAUAUUUUAUGUGUAAAAAGUUUUAGAAAAAAGUCAUCGUUCUUCUUCAUUUUGUUUGACCUGCCGCUAGGA